AUGCACAUAGGUGCAGCUGCUGCUGUUAUGGGUAUGUACCACUAUGAAAAAUAUUGGAACAAAUCAGAUUAUAGGGUGCCCACUGAAUCUGGGUACAACUGGGUUAUGAGGAGCCUAGGAAGUAAGACAUAUUGCUACCAAAAUUUUAGGAUGCAUAGGAAUGUGUUUGACCUGCUGCAUAAUGUGCUUGUUGAGUCAUAUGGGUUGACUUCUACAAAAAAGAUGUCAUCUGUGGAGGCAUUAGGUCUUUUUUUGUGGAUGUGUGGUUGUCCGCAGAGUAUGAGGCAGGCUGAGGAUCGAUUUUACAGGUCCAAAGAAACAUGCAGCAGGAAGUUCGAUAAAGUAUUGCGUUGUGUUAACAAACUUGCAGCUGAUAUCAUUAGGCCAGUAGACCCUGAAUUUAGGACAGUGCAUCCGAGAUUGCAAUCUGCCCGGUUUUCUCCAUACUUCGACAACUGCAUAGGAGCACUAGAUGGGACACAUAUACGUGUUGAGGUGCCAACUAACCAGGUCGUACAACAUACGGGAAGAAAGGGCUACACCACUAAGAACGUGUUGGCCAUAUGUGACUUCGAUAUGAGGUUUACAUUUGUCGUUGCAGGAUGGCCUGGCUCGGUUCAUGAUAUGAGGGUUUUCAAGGAUGCAAUUGACAAGUACGGUGACAAGUUCCCACAUCCACCGCCAGGGAAGUUUUAUCUCGUGGACUCGGGGUACCCAAACCGCCCGGGUUAUCUUGCACCGUACAGGGGUACAAAGUAUCAUCUUCCGGAGUAUCAACAGGGGCCAAUGCCAAGAGGAAAAAAAGAGGUAUUCAAUUGCGCACAUUCUUCACUUCGUAAUAUCAUCGAGCGAGACAGUGCUAUGCCAGAUGACGACUUUGAUAUGUGUGAUGAAGAUGAGAACUACGUUCCACUUGUCGAAGAAGGUGCACAUACUUAUGAAGGAAAUGGAACUAGUACUCGUUAUGGGGACGAAGAUCAAGAUAUGAAUCACUUUCGGGAUUGGAUAGCCGAUGGUUUAUUUGCUAGAUCGUAG